AGUUUAACUUGUAGGUUUAGCUCUGUUGCCUUAUAAAAGCAGAGGCAGAACCCCUGUUCAGUGAAGGGGAUAAACCCUAGCGCCGCGAGGCCAAGAAACGUCGUCGGAGUCUCUGCGUCGAAGACUGCUUGAAUUUUCAAAUGGAACUGCCAAAUGUAACAAUUCCUAAAGUUGGACAAAAACCCCCGGCAAAAUUGAAGUUUCCCACGCCGAAAGAGCUGAUAUCCCACUAUGAGUCUCAGGGUAUGGACUCGCAAGAGGCGUCGAUGAAGGUCAUUGAGGAUCUUCAGAAGGCGCUAUUUGGAGUCGUAUCCUCUGGCAAAGGUAGAAACGAUAAGCUAUUGGCCGAGUCUUCUAAGAAGAUUGAUUCAAUUAGCAAUAGACUUACUGUUCUCGACUUGAAGCUAGAUUCUAAGCCUGGGUAUGUCGAGACUUUUGCAAUUGGCCUGGCUUCAGGCGCUGCUCUCAAAGGUAUAGGUGCACUUGUGCCUCAUAUCCUUGCCCCUCUAGCUCAGAUAUUGAAUUCUGUUUCCGCUGCCACUAAAUCUUCUCCCCAAUGAUACAUUCUCGUUGUGGGUGUAACUAUUAGUUUUAGUAGUAUGAUUUUUUCAGUCAAUCCAAUAAUUAUGUUUU